AUGUCCUUCAAGGUCCCCUACGAUUCAAGCCCCCCGUCGACCCCCGGGAAAGGCCGCAGCUUGUUCGGCAAUGUCUCCAUGACUCCCGGGGGUGCUCCGCCGUCCGAAGCCAACUCCUUCACUCCUCAAGGCCCGCCGCCCUCCACCAUUUACGGAAGUUCCCAGAUGAGCUCUCGAUCGCAGUUCGACUCGCCUCAGGCCCUGUUCACGAAAUCGGGCAACAUCAAUCCUAACGAUAGCAUCUUCGGAUCCUCGAUUACCUCCAACGAUUAUCCGGUGUCGCGGGGGAGAAAAGAAGCGCCGGCUAACAGAUCUUUCGCCGCAUCCUCGGUCUUCAGCGUGGGGAGCAGUCGCUUCGGCGAAUCCUUCAACUCGAGGGCGUCCAAUGAGUUUGGUUCGUCGCAAAUGGACCAAGGCCCAGGCUCCGAUGCCGAGGAUAUGCUUCCGGAGGAUGAAAGCGAAGAAGAGAGAGUCGACACGAACAAGGGAAUAGGACAAGCACCAAAAGCAAACAACCCCUUCAGCUUCUUGGACUCCCAGUUUGACAAGCCCAUGUUUCCGCCGCCGACGAAACCAGUUGAGCAACGAAAGCCACUAUACUCCAAUCCAGACAACGCCAAGCGCCCGAAGCUUGACGACAAAUGGAUGACACAGUCUCCGCUGCGCAAAACGAAGCUGUCGCCUAAGAAGGACUCCGCGAUGCCGUCGAUUGUGCGCAAUUUCGCUUCGCGCUCACGCGUCACGUCGGUCGAGGAGUCCAGCAGUCUCAUCAUCGAAACGGAAGACGAGAUCUGCAACAUGUAUGACGCCGCGAAACAGGCUGGAUUCCGGGAGUCAGAAGUCAACGCUACCUUUUCGGAUACGUGCACUCGGCUUGUCGAUAUAUGGAAGACGCACGCAGGAUGGAAUAACCCACAAGGAUUGGGCAUUGGUCCGGGUGACCGUGCCUCCAACGUCGCUAAGGCAGGCUUCCUGGGAUCGCUAUUGAUUCGGAUGCACCACCGUCCUUUGGUCCACACGAGGACUGGGGGAUUUGCCGGUCCUAUGGGCUUCCCGGCUCCGCGCGCCCCUGUGCCCGCUGGCUUCCGGUCAGACUUUCUCACACCCAUGCCCAAGGUCCUUCUAGACUGGCUCAAUCUCAACCACGCUCAGCAAACAGCCGAUCUGCGCACGCUGAAGGAAAUUGAGCCCAACCCUACAUCGUCGUCAACUUUCUGGGAGGCCAUCAACACCGCCGUUCUACGUGGACAUCUCUCACAGGCGGCCGAGGUCCUGCGAUCCGCGGAUUUCAACUACGCUAGGUCUGCGUUGGAGGAUGGCCUGCCGCAGCCCGGCUACAAGGGCGCCCAACUGCAGAACAUCCAGAAGUGCAUCAACCGGGCUCUUCAGGUUCUGACCUCAUGCCCGAGUAUUCGCGAUGACUGGGAUGUCCGCGGCGCGGAGUGGGGCCUGUAUAGGAAGCGCGUGGUCGCGGCGGUUGCUGAUCUGGAGGAAUUCGCUGAAGGAAAUGAACAGCCGGAACCCGAGCCUCCGGUGCUGGGCAAUCGGUUCCAGGCGGCCAAUUUCGGGCUGAAGCCGAGCCCUAACACGCAGAACUUCUCGUUCACCCAGUCCUCGCGGAUGGCCGAAAGCCGAGUUCCCUGGGCUAUCUACCAGAACCUCAGAUCGCUAUACCGCAUUCUGCUUGGCGACACCGGGGCUAUCAUGCGUCACUCGCAGGAUUGGAUCGAAGCCACCGUCGCUUUAACGGUGUGGUGGGAUGGCGAAAUUGACGAUGACGCUCCUGUGCAACAGACUGGGAUCAUCUCGAACCAGUUCUUGCGUCCUCAACUAGCGAAGACCCAGACUCCUGCAGUGGGCAACAAUCCCCCGGGCACCUACCUUCGUCGCCUGGAACUGGCUUUAAGUAGCGCAACCAACCAAGAACAGGACAAUGCCGGCUUCCGCAUCAACUCUCUGAGCAGCCUCGAGGUGGGCCUGGCUUCUGUCUUCGAAGGAGACGUCGGCGGUGUGAUCGAACUGCUCCAGACCUGGUCACUCUGCAUCGCGUCUGCUGUGGGCGAGGUCGCGGCCGCCGGCGGCUGGUUGGACUCGGCAACGGGCAAGAAGCCGCUAUCGGGUCUCAGCGAGAACGACUUGAUGGUCCUUUCAUAUGGCCAAGACGACGGCGCAUCCUCGCGCAAGGUGAAUAAGGACGACUUGCUGAGUGAUUAUGCGUCGGGUCUAUUUGAGCGGCCUCGUAUUGAGAACGAAUCCGGUUCUCGCAUCGGCUGGGAACUUGCGCUGGAGGUCAUGAGCCGCCUGGAUGACAAGGACAAGAUGCAAAAGAAGGUGUCAGAAAUGGUCGACACGCUUCCUCUUAACGACGCGGUUGAAAUGGACCGAGUGGUGUUGCUGUGCUCCGAGUUGGGCUUGCACCAGGAGGGACGCAGGGUUUCCGAGCGUUACGGAGACAUGACGGUCGACGAGGGCGAGGAAUACGGUCUUGCCUUGAUGUGCUACGCUCGUGCUCAUAACCGACACAAGGUCAAGUCUGUUGUGGAUCUUCUCAUUUCAUACAGUCUGGUGCAAUCGCGCGCAUAUCCCGCGACGGCCGAUCUCGACACGCAACUUUCUACCCUGGUGAAGGAGCCUAAGACCUGCCUUGCUUCAAUUGCAUCCAUCGACGAAGAGGCUGCCAAUAUUAUCCAAUUCUAUUUCAGUGGGUACGCGACUCUCCGACGAUUCUACGAAACUCGAGACGAAGGUCUCAACGAGGGACAACCUCCUCGAUUCAAGCCUCUUGCGAGACGGCGAGCCGCGGCGAAGGCGUUGGUUGCGGUCAUCAGCAGCGCUGCGGACAGUAUCUACGGCGGGCUUUUCGACCCAGAAUGUGACUCCGCGAUUCAGGUGGAUGGGCUGUUGGUGCUUAUGGGCGAGGCCCUUGCCUUUAUCGAUCCAGAGCCCACCCCCAUGUUUACCGUAGACCAGCAAUUCGCCAUUCUGUCUGCAAUCGAGGAUCUUGAAACCGUCACACCGCGUGUCUAUCGGCAGUGCGCAGAAUGCUUCCGCGCCACGCUGCUGCAGUACCAGUCGCUGAACUCUGGCGACCAGUCACAGGAGGAGGCCUUCAUUCUGCCGCCUUCGCGCGAACUUCUGAAAAAGUCCGUGACUUCGCUCGCACCCCCAAGCACCUUCUCGUUCAUUGGAAACGACAUGGUUGGAUCUGCUCGGAAUCGGUCGAUGUCCGGCUCCGGCGCCAGCUCCGGCGUGUUGAUCGCUCGCCCUGGAGACGGAGCCGGUUCCCCUGAGCGAGGCUGGGACUGGCGUGCCUCCUUACCCGAGGACGUGAAAGGGGAGGAUGUACUUCUUAUGCUGCGACUAGGAUUAGCCCGGGGAUUGAGUGCGGGAGCUCUUGGGUCGGUUUGA